AUGUCCAAGUCUUGGAAGGCAACAUUGAAGCUCCCAGUGUCUAAGUUUCCUGCACGACCGAACCCAAAGCUUCAAGCUCAGUACUUGCGACAAUGCACAGAUGAUCUAUACGCUUGGCAGGCGGCGAAUCGGCCAGCCGAUGACCCUUUCGUCCUUCACGAUGGGCCUCCUUACGCCAAUGGCCCAUUGCACAUCGGCCAUGCGAUUAACAAAAUCGUGAAGGAUAUGAUCGUCAGAACCAGAUUACAGCAGGGCCGGCGCAUCAUAUACCGCCCAGGAUGGGAUUGUCACGGACUCCCAAUUGAAAUGAAAGCGCUCGGGUCGAGCAAUGGAAAGGGAAUGAACCCAGUCAAGAUCCGAGACCAGGCAAAGCGCCUAGCAUCCAAGACGGUUACGGAACAGAUGAAAGGGUUCCGGUCGUUCGCAGUUCUAGCCGACUGGGAGAACAAAUGGACAACCAUGGAUCCGGAUUAUGAGAUACGACAACUGCAAGUAUUCCAGGAACUCGUCCGUCGCGGUCUCAUCUACCGCAAACGCAAACCAAUCUACUGGUCAAUAUCGAGCCGUACCGCAUUGGCAGAAGCCGAAUUGGAGUACAAGGAUGACCACAAGUCUACUUGCGCAUACGUCAAAUAUCCCAUCGUAUCAGACUGGACACAUCUUCCUGGAACUGCACAACUUCAAGGACCCCUUCAUGCAGCGAUUUGGACCACUACUCCAUGGACACUCCCUGCUAAUAAGGCAAUUGCGGUUCACGAGGACCUUGCAUAUGCUAUUGUUCAGGCCGAUGGAUAUGGGCUUAUUGUGGCUGAAAACCUCAUUGAACAAAUCCAAAGCCGCAUCCCCGGCACAACUGUUCUUGCGCAGGGCAUUCUAGGAUCUCAGCUUAGAGGCUUGGAGUACCGUAACAGGCUCCAGGGGCCAUCGGGAGCACCACAGCCCAUCAUUCACGGGGACUUUGUCACUGCUGAUUCCGGAACGGGACUCGUACACGUCGCUCCUGGCCACGGACAAGAAGACUAUGAUGCUUGCUCGAAACUAGGCAUAGAAGCAUUCGCACCAAUCACCGACGAGGGUCACUUCACUAAAGAGGCCUUUCCCGAAGACCCUGAAAGGCUAGUAUCAGCACCCAGCAUUCUUGACGGGGGCAGUCGCGCGGUUUUGGAUAUUCUAGCUGAGGAUGUACUGGCUACUCAUUUUAUCGCCCACAAGUACCCUUAUGAUUGGCGGACAAAACAACCUGUAGUCACACGAGCAACAAGCCAAUGGUUCGCAGACGUGGGCAGUAUCAAGGAUGAUGCGCUAGAAGCCCUUAAAUCGGUUCACUUCAUCCCUCAAACCGGGCGUAAUAGACUCGAGAAUUUCGUUAAGGGCCGUAGCGAGUGGUGCAUAUCACGCCAAAGAGCAUGGGGUGUUCCUAUACCUGCCCUGUACGAUUCCGAGGGUAACUCUGUUAUGACAGUCGAGUCGAUUGACCAUAUCCUUUCCACCAUGCGACAGCGAGGGUCUCAGGCCUGGUUCUCAGAUGUGCCAGAUGACCCAGCAUGGGUCGCGCCCUCAUUGCAAGGCACCUUUCGUCGCGGGACUGAUACGAUGGAUGUUUGGUUUGACAGUGGCAGUAGUUGGACCGAAACUCCCCAACAAGCCGACGUAUACCUUGAGGGCAGCGACCAACACCGAGGGUGGUUUCAGUCGAGUCUCCUAACCUACAUCGCGACAAGAAAUCCACAAACAACUCCAGGCUCGUCCUCAUCUGGCUUGUGGCAGGAUGCUGCUGUGGGGGGCAUCAGAGCUCCCUUUAAAACUCUCAUUACGCACGGUUUUACGCUUGACGAUAAUGGUAAAAAGAUGUCAAAGUCCCUAGGCAACACCAUCUCCCCUGAGGAAGUCAUGAAUGGCAGUCUCCUACCUCCUAUCAAGGGCAAAGGCAAGUCUGAGCCACGGCCGGAUGCCCUGGGCCCCGACGCUCUUCGUGUACUUGCGGCCACCAGCGAUUAUACAACAGACAUGGCUAUUGGCUCAUCUGUGCUCAAGCCUGUCCACACAACCCUUCUCAAGUACCGCAGUAUUCUCAAGAUGCUUACUGGAUCAUUACACAAAUCAAGUCGUCAAGCGCCACUAUCCAAGCUCGAUCACAUUGCCUUCAUGCAGCUGACUGAUACAAUGUCCCGCGUUUUAUCUGCGUUUGACCAAUACGAGUUUCACCGUGGAACUCAGAUUAUCAAUCAUUGGAUUUCCACCGAGCUGUCUGCCUUCUAUCUUGAGUCUCUAAAGGACAGACUGUAUUGUGGUGACGGCGGCGGCAUUAUUGAGCCGAUUUUUAUUGGCUUGCUUCGGAUGCUUGCUCCUGUUACGCCGCUCCUAGUGGAAGAGUCCUGGGCUCAUCGCCCCCAGUGGAUGGCUGAUGACAGCCCCUUGAUUGACCCCUCCCGGAUCAAACUCGACGAGAAUACCCUUCGCAGCGAUUGGAGCAUCAUAGCACCGAUCCGCGACUCCGUCAAGUAUGCCCUUGAGCAGGCCAGAGAGUCCAAGAAUAUCGGGAGUUCCCUACAGUGCCAAGUGAUAGUCCAAACGACCAGCGAACAAGUAAAGUCAUGCUUGGAGCGCUACCGCGACGAGCUCGACUCCAUCUUCAACGUCUCAUCAGUUGAGAUCAACGCACUUCUUCCUCAAGAUCCAGUAUGGAUAUAUCAACAUGCCUUUGAACAAGACGGCUGGAGCGGGAGUGUACAUGUCGUACCUCCCACAGAAAGCAAAUGCUCAAGGUGUUGGAGGUAUCUCGCCGAAGAGGAGGAUGGUCUGUGUACGAGAUGCGACCAUGUCGUUGCCGGACUCCCAUGA